AAGACUGAUAUAUAAAAGUAUACACAAAAAAAAAAAAACAAAAUGAAAAGUCACGAAAAGUACAGUAUAUGUUGAAAAUUAAAAUUGAUUUGAAAAGAAUAUGUGUAUUAUAUUAACAUUGGUACGAGAAUAAAAGACAUAUAAACCAAAAAUAUUAGUAUUUAAUAAAAAAUAACUAAAAUAUCAUAAAAUCACAAUUAAACAAUACACAUUGAUUAUCAUACAGACAUACAUACAAACAUAUGUCUAAAAAAAAAUAAUUAAAUAAACAAAUGUUGAAUAUAAAAGUGAAUGUAGUAUUUAUUACACUAAUAUUGUAAAAUGACGGCUAGUAGUAUCGACUUUUCCCCAUGUCGAGUGCAAUUAAUAGGAUUACCACGGUUAACUAUUAAGAACAUUUCUGCAUUAAAUUCUGGUAAACUUGUGAAUUCUUCUCGCCCUGCCGUCGCCAAAAUAAAAGGAGUAAGUCGUAAUUUAUUUGGUACUCCUGAUCGGGAUGAAAUGACAAAGCUUUAUCAGCAAGAGUCUGAGCGACAACAUUCUUAUGUUUUAAAAAGAUAUAAUUUGGAUACAAAGGUUUUAAAACCUAUAUAUGACAAAGAACUACAACCUACAGAUAAAAACCACCACAGCCAGACUACUACAUACCACGCAAUUCAACCCACUAAUUUUCCCACAUUAAUUCAAGAAGAAUUAGUGCAACAUGAACAACGUUUACAUGAUGAAGAACAUAAUCUAAAACGGUCUUUAGAGUCUAAUAUACCAAUUGACAAAAUUCCCAAGGAAACAAAAAGUUGUUCGAAAGUUUCUUAUAGAUGUUCUCCAUCAACAGCAGUUGAACGCCAGAAGCCCUACACCAGACAAGCCUUACUAAAAGAACGUUUUAACAUACGAAAAAAUAAAAUAUGUACGACUAAAAUUGGCAAACAAUGUAAUGAAGAAAUAAUGUCUUUGGAAAAUAAUCAAACAUCCCAUCGAAAUGUCGAAUUACUGCAGUUACCGCAACCCAUAAAUUGUCAAAUCCCCAUAAACACAUGCGAAGUUAAGAACAAUGGAAUCAAAUCAUCAACACAUGAUGAUGUGAGUGAACUGGAGCUGGGUCAAGUGGACUUAGAUCGUAACACAGCAAAUCGCUUCAAUGAGAACUGUACAACAAUUUCAUUACAACUUGUAGUAUCACCCCAUAAUGUUACGUGAACAUCAAUUCUUAAAUAUUUGGAUAUUCGAGCAGAAGAUAUUAUAAAUUGUGUUAAAUUAUAAAAAUAUUAUAUAAUAAUUUUAUUGUUCUAAAAAUAAGAAAAACAAAUGCGCCGGGACGCUUGAGUUUUUCUUUAUAAAGUAUAAAUUCACUUUUUUAUUUUAUAUUUAUUAUUGCAAUUGUUUGUUUUAACUAAAAACAAAUUACUAAUAGUUUACAGGAAUUCAAAUUUUAUACAUUUGAAGUGAACUUUCAAAUGAUCUCAUUUACAUGCAAACAACAAACUAUUUUUAAUAACUUAUAAUUAUAUUAAAUACCAAUAUGGUUUAUGUAAAAUUACUUCAGUGUCCAUAAAAACCACUGUAGCAAUAAAAAGAGUACCAUUUACGCUAUCAAUUUGUAUUUAAAAAAAUUAUUUUACUUUGGACUAUUGUAAAUUUUAUUAUAAAUUAUGAUAACUUUAUUUCAGAGUUGUAAAUGAAUCACUCAUGAAAUUAUUCGCGAAUCAUUAAUCUUUAAAUUAAGUCACGAAUCAUUUAAUCAUUUAAUUCAAUAUAAUUUAAUUGAAAUUUGAAUAGAUUUUUUAAGUAAAUCUUUAGCAUUACUGUCAUUUUGUUAUUCAAUUAUUAUUAUUUUUGUUGUAAAGCGACAGAAUAGGAAUUGAAUUAUUAGGUAUGUGCGAAAAUCCUACAAAAAUUUUAUAACUUUAGUAAUUUGGUAAAUUAAUCAAAAAUUUUUUGUAUUUAUCAAAUAGAGUGGAAAUACACCAUGUUUAGUUAAUUUUUUUGUUGUGAAGAAAGUUAUUUAAAAACUUAGCUAAUUCUUAACAAAUUAAAAAAAAAAAAAAAUAUUCAUUUACAGCUCUGCUUUAUUUAUUAAUUUAUUUUAUUAAUGUAAAUACGUUUUUACAUAAUAUAUAAAUAUAUAUUAACUAUUUAUUAUGUUUUACUUGAAUGCGUAAUAUACAAAUGUAGACUAAUCCUUCAUGCAAUUUGAUUUAAAAUCUUCCACUACUUUUUCAUAUUGGGUUAACUUUUGAAAAAAUACCCUAAUAAUUUGAUUUAAUAAUUAAUUUUAAAAUGUAUAGGAAUCAUAUUAUAUUUUUCAUAGAAAUUGGUUUAUUUACAUUAUUGCAUAGAAUGAUACAAAUAUUAAUCAAAAUAAAAAUUAUUAGGGAGAAGUAAUGUGAAAACGGA